CCGACUGACCUUCCGAUGGCCGCCGCCGCCGCCACCACCACCGCCGCGCCCGGCGCGCUUCUUCCCCACGCACUACUCAACCACCGCUCGCCUCCGCCGCCGCAGCUCCUCGCGCUGUCCUCCUCCUUCCGCCGCAUCUCCAUGUCCGUCUCCCAUCGCCGGACCUCCCAUUUAAUCGCCCACGCAGACGCCGGCGCCGCAGAGCCGGAACCCGCGGAAGAACCUGCGCCGGAGUCCGAGGAUACCGUUGCGUCAGCUGACGCCGAGGAAGGCGAGGCUGAGGGGGCUGUCGCGGUGGCCCAAGAAGAGGAGGAGGAGCCGGCGCCGAAGCGCAAGCCCAAGUUCGGCGAAAUCAUCGCGAUUCUGAACAAGCAGUUCAUUGAGGAGGCUGAGAAGGUGAAAGUACUUCCAGAUCUGAGGCCCGGUGACAUCAUUGAGCUUAGAAUGCAACGACCCAACAAGAGGAGAUUGUCACUCUUUAAGGGCAUAAUCAUUGCAAAGCAUAAAGGUGGUGUUCACACCACAAUCCGUGUCAGAAGGAUCAUUGCUGGUGUUGGAGUUGAAAUUACCUUCCCUAUAUACUCACCAAGGAUCAAGGAGAUUAAAGUAAUCAGGCGCAAGAAGGUGAGGAGGGCAAAGUUGUACUACCUGAAGCACAAGCUUCCCCGUUUCUCAACCUUCAAGUGAGAUUAGAUACGACGGCGGAAGAGCAUCUCACACUAGCAUGUCGAUUUCUCCUUGGCAAACGAGUUUUGGCGUUCUUAUUCAGAUCUGUGCAUUCACUGUAAUCACUGAACCUCAAGCUGAGUAAUUUUUACAUCUUAUCUGUUUGGCAUAUAUGUUUUCUUGCAGUGGAACUAUACUUUCUUCUGUGUGUAUAAAAUCUCUAUCAGCGCUUCGUUAUGA